AUGGGGUUCCAAUACACCGGCGCGAUGCUGCGGUUGCUGGUGUGGGUAGCGUUCCUGCUGGGCUGCUGCCAUGGGAGGUUUUUGGUGGAGAAGAACGGCCUCAAGGUGACAGCGCCGGAUGACCUCAAGGGCACCUACGAGUGCGCCAUUGGCAACUUCGGCGUCCCCCAGUAUGGCGGCACCAUGGUCGGCUUCGUCGCCUACCCCAAGGCAAACAGGAAGACCUGCAAGAGCUUCGACGAUUUUGACAUCUCCUACAAGGCCAAGCCAGGGGCGUUCCCCACUUUCUUGCUCGUAGACAGGGGAGAUUGCUACUUCACAAAGAAGGCAUGUAAUGCACAGAAUGCGGGAGCAGCAGCAAUCCUUGUCGCUGACGACAAGGAUGAACCUCUAAUUACAAUGGACACCCUUGAGGAAAGUGGGAGGGCAGAUUAUUUGGAGAACAUCACUAUCCCUUCAGCACUAAUAACCAAGAGCUUUGGGGAUAGGCUCAAGAAGGCAAUUGAUAAUGGUGAUAUGAUCAAUGUGAAUUUGGAUUGGAGGGAGGCUCUGCCCCAUCCUGAUGAGCGUGUUGAGUAUGAAUUUUGGACCAACAGUAAUGAUGAAUGUGGCCCAAAAUGCGACAGUCAGAUUGAUUUUGUCAAGAGCUUCAAAGGGGCAGUGCAGGUACUUGAGAAGAAAGGCUACACACAGUUCACUCCUCAUUAUAUAACCUGGUAUUGCCCAAAGGCCUUCAUUCUGAGCAAGCAGUGUAAAUCCCAGUGCAUCAAUCAUGGUAGAUACUGUGCACCUGAUCCAGAACAGGAUUUUAGCAAAGGAUAUGAUGGGAAAGAUGUGGUGGUCCAGAAUUUGCGCCAAAAUUGUGUGUUUAAGGUUGUUAAGGAGCACAAGAAGCCUUGGUUAUGGUGGGACUAUGUUACUGAUUUUGCGAUUCGGUGCCCAAUGAAGGAAAAGAAGUACACGAAGGAGUGUGCUGAUGGAGUUAUCAAGUCACUUGGCCUUGAUCAUAAAGCAAUAGAUAAAUGUAUUGGUGAUCCAGACGCUGAUGAAGAAAAUCCUAUUCUGAAAGCCGAACAAGAUGCACAGAUUGGCAAGGACUCUCGUGGUGAUGUUACCAUCUUACCAACUCUUGUAAUUAACAAUAGACAAUACAGAGGGAAGCUUGUCAAAGGAGCAGUUCUUAAAGCACUUUGUGCUGGUUUUCGGGAAACUACUGAGCCAGCUGUUUGCUUGAGUGAAGAUAUACAAACAAAUGAGUGCCUAGAGAACAAUGGUGGCUGUUGGCAAGAUAAGGCUGCUAACAUCAUUGCAUGCAAGGAUACUUUCCGUGGAAGAGUUUGUGAGUGUCCAGUUGUGAAAGGAGUAAAAUUUGUUGGUGCUGGCUAUACUCAUUGUGAAGCAUUCGGUUCUGGGCGAUGUGAAAUUAACAAUGGAGGGUGUUGGAAAGACACCAGGGAUGGGCGGACAAACUCUGCCUGCACUGAUGAUGGCUGUAAAUGCCCAGAUGGGUUCAAGGGUGAUGGUAAACACAAGUGUGAAGACAUUGAUGAAUGCAAGGAAAGGACUGCAUGUCAGUGCAAAGAAUGCAAAUGCAAGAACACAUGGGGAAGCUAUGAGUGCGGCUGCAUUGGAGGAUUGCUUUACAUAAAGGAGCAUGAUACAUGCUGUUGUGAGCCUUUGGGGGGCUCCUCGCCCCAGCAGUUCUUCUACCAUCUCCGUCUCGUCGGCUGGUGCCCAGGCGACCGGGACCUCUGCGACGACAGCGGGAGCGACGGCGGGAGCGGGAACCUCAGGUGCAGCGACCUCUGCUAG